GACUCAUCUUCAAAGAAAUUAAGUAUGCUUAGACGUCUAUAUUUGAAAUUCAUAGGAGUAAUAUUUCCUUAUAUGUAACUUACACGUGGGUGUUGGCUAGUGGCGUAGAGGCCUGGGGACUUCCUCUAACUUGGAGUUGAUAAAUACCCAGAGUUUACUGAUGGAAGAGCCAUAAUCCACCCAGCAACAAGUGUGGUUGGAUGUGAGUGGUGCUGAAACCAAUAGCUACAAGGCACCAUCUCCACGAUCUGUGGCAGCCUAGCUCAUCGUCAAGACUGGUUUCAGCUGUUUUCUACAGAUCUGAUUUAAUCAAAAUUCUCAGGGUCAAGAAAAUAUCAGUUCUGACCAAGAAGCGACAAAAAGUUCCACGUAGCUGAUCCUAAAUGUGCCUGUGGUACCUUGUAGAGGCGUCAGUCUGAAGAAUACGUUUUUGGUGAUCACAGACAAUGGCACCAUCCCAGGAAGAAUUGGAAAUGACCCCCAAAGAUUCUGCAGUGCUGGAGGUCGCAAGUCCUCGUGCCUCCGAAUGCCAACCAGAAAGAGAUGAUACAUCAUUCACCAUCCAGGAUGACGAGGAUCCGGAAGCCGACGAACCGGACGGGAACCUGGUUACCAAAGCUGGGCCAGUAAACGAGUUUGGAGUUCGGAGGACCACCGUCCAGAAUAUGCUUGACCUAGCUCUCGUUGCUGCCAACAUUUCCCAGCUGAGGAUUAUUCUGACUGUAGGCCCAGGCUAUCUGGACUUUUACUACUUAAUGCUGUCGUGCGUGUGUCUCUCGCUUGGUUGUCAGGUGCUGUUUGCCCUCAUUAUCUUAAUUGUCAAGAUCCGGGAAAAUGAAAUGGAUUCAGUGUCACGUGACCCGGAAGUACAAACGGAAUCGAUACGACAGACACGAGACAGAGUGGCUGACAGAUUGAAUUACCUAUCAAUGGCACUAGUUUUGUUUGUGCUUCUGUUAAAUAUGGUUAUCAGUGGGUUCGUCACUGUGAGAAAGAAUUCACCUGCGGACAAAAUUAUUGAAGGUUUUACCGCUGGUUUGUACUGAUAUGUUGAUCAAACUGUACGCUUGAAAUGGAACAAUUCAACAAUUUCAACAAUCCGAUUGAUUGUCAAUAACAUAUAUUUGAAUGAUAAAAGUCAAUAUCACCUAAUAGAGGAA